AUGGGUAGGAACAAGAAAAGAGGGUUCGGAGGGCAUAAUCAAGGUAAUAGAGGUGAUGGGAAAGGCCAUAGACGAACGAAAGAAGAGCGCGACUUGGCGGAAUGUUCUCAACAAGUGGAGCGGCUCGAUAUUACAGAUGAAAGUGAGGAAGAUGGAGAUUCCGAGGUGGAAAACGAAACCUCAAGCGAGGAGGAGAAUGAGGUAAGUUAGUUUGGUUUGAUUUUGAGAUUUAGAUGCUUUUUUGGCAAUAUUUGAGGAGUUAUACUCAUGGAUAAUAUAAGGCAUGAAAACUGAGGAAGAUGGUCAGUUCCAUUAUCUGGAAUUUAGAAAAUGUCUCCUAUGUUUCCCGAAACGGUUUGAAGGCAAUUUCUCGUUUUGAAAAGCCUUUUUAAAUUCAUCUCCAUCUGCACCAUGAAGAAAAACGUAAUUUCAGAUUCCAGAAAUGCCCUGUCGAAUAGCCAUGUUCGACUUUAACCAGUGUGAUCCUAAACGAUGUUCUGGUCGUAAAUUACAACGUCAUGGAUUGAUGAGCACAAUAAAAAUGGGAUCAAAGUUCCCCGGAUUAGUCCUCUCGCCGACGGGAACCAGCACCCUUUCCCCCGCGGAUCGCGAGUUUAUCCUGGCGAAUGGGUUAGCCGUGGUGGAUUGCUCAUGGAAUCAGGUGGAAGGCACACCAAUUCACAGAGUCAAAGUGGGUUUUAUCGAGUUGUUUGUUUGGUUUUGAGUUUAGAGAGAAAGGAAGAUGAGUAAGGCGAGGGAAGGACAGUUUUAGGACGGGAAGUUCUGUUUGAUGUCUAAAAUUUGAGACGUACAGGUGUUGCAGGCUUGUUAAGGCUUUUAGAAACGUUUUAUGGAUACCUCGGGGGUUUUCUUAGCCUUACUGGAAGCUGUGGAGGUUUUCGAUCUUAUACAUGAAAAUUUUAGGCAAACGAACACCGUCUCCUCCCAUUUCUAAUCGCCGCAAAUCCUGUGAAUUAUGGGGCACCUUGCAAACUGACCUGUGCCGAGGCUUUGGCCGCUGGGCUUUGGAUUAUCAAUGAGAUUCCAGCUGCAGAAGUUCUCAUGUCCAAGUUCAAGUGGGGUCCAAACUUCCUGACGUUGAAUAAAGAAGUUCUGGAGGUCUACAGAGCUUGUAAAGAUUCCAAAGACUUGAUUGCGAAGCAAAAUGAAUAUCUGAAAAGAAUCGACGAAGAACAUAAGAGGGAAAGGGACCGAGGAAUGGAUCUUCCACCAUCAGAGUCUGAAAGUGAAGAAGAGGAAGAAACGGAUGAAGAUGAGAAGUAA